AGCUGAGGAAUUGCUAUGACCCCUGAGAAGGUGCUGAGAGAAGGGCUGCUGGAGAAACGCAGCGGGGGGCUGCUGCAACUCUGGAAGAAGAAGCGUUGCCUCCUGACGGAGAAGGGACUGCAGCUCUUUGAGCCCAAGGGCUCGCGCCACAAGGAGCUGAGCUUCUCGCGCAUGAAGGCAGUGGAGUGCGUGGAGUGGAAGGAGCGGCACAUUUACUUCACUGUGGUGAUGGAGGACAGCCAGGAGAUCGACUUCCGCUGUGCCCAGGAGGACCCGAGCUGGAAUGCUGCAAUCACCAUGGGCCUUGUUCGCUUCAAGAACCAGCAGGCAAUGCAGAUCGUGCGGGCCCGGCACAGCUGCAGAGCAGUGGUGCAGUAUGACGCAGCCCCGGCAGGUCAGCCCACGGACAUGCAGCAUCUGAAAAGCAGGAUGGAGAUGGCCCUUGGUUCAGCAGGUGGUAGGGAGAACGGGAUCCCAGUGGGCAAAUGAGGCCAGUGCACUCUCUGGCCUGCAGACAUGGAUGGCAGCCCCCAGGGAGGCCAGCACAGGCACUGACUUCCUGUGACUCGUUGUGCCUCCUCCGGUGAGGGACUGUCACACCACCAACCAACCCACAGUCGCACUGGAAAGGCAUAUGAGGAGCCAAGCUGGCAUGACUGCAGCAUCAAGCCGUAUCCCCCCUUGGUCUGUCAGCAUGAGAGCUGAAGGAGCAAGAGGCCACAGCCAGGAGAGUCCGGCCAUGGCAGAAGUGACAUCUUUCCCCAGGGGCCCAGACCUUGAUUGGUUGUGGGGACCUCCUGUGCCAAGGCCUCUCCUGCAGGACUGGACAGAGAUGGAUGAAGUUGAGCUUGAAGAAAGCAUCGCGACAGUGAGCUCUGAUUUAUAUGUAAAGUGACACUGGGAUGGAUUAAUGCAGCCAGAGACACAUUUCCCCCUGAGUCUUCACCUUGCAAAAGGGCUAGGAGGGCUGCCCCAAGCUGCUGCAGAUGGAACCCUUCUGGUCAUUUUGUCCAGAGGCCCUGGUGAUGUGGGCUGUUGUGACUGUGCUGCUGGACAUCCUUCUGCUCUGGGCCAUCCUCGCUGUGUGCCACAGGCCAAUGGGAGAUGCUGCAGAAGGCAAUGGGUAUCCCACCUCCCUGUACCCAGUGUAUCCCUUAUGUUGUAUCAAAUAAACCCUUUUGCUGCUUA